AUUAUUAUUAUUAUUAUUAUUAUUAUUAUUAUUAUUAUUAUUAUUAUCAAUGUCAUCAUCUUGCUAUUGUUUCUCCAUUUCAGACGGCCAUUCAGAUCACAAAGAUUACAUUGGUUGUUCCAUUUCGUCGUAUAAAACCAGAGAUUUGAAGCAUAGAUGGACCUAUUCCGAAAUGACUCCUGGGACAUGCAAAAGACAUUGUGGAGAAAAAAAUUUUAAAUUUGCGGCUAUUAUCACUACAAUUUGUCUGUGUUUCAACGUUAUCCCGUCUGAGAAAUUUUACCCUGACGAAAAAUGCUAUCUUAAAUGUCCCGGUGAUAAACAUCAAUUUUGUGGAGGACGGAGUGCUAUGUCUGUUUACCGUACAGUUAAAAUUAAACCAAGCGACCUGAAACCCGUAUACUCUUCUCUUUUCAUGGGCUGUUACGAAACUAGACACCAUUCGGUUUUGCCAAAAUAUUCGUCGCGGUCAGAUAUGUCUAUUGAAACUUGCCGAAAAUAUUGUGGAAAUCAAGGAGAAAAGUAUGCAGGAUUAACGAAAGGUUUUGUUUGUUCCUGUGGGUCAAAUUAUGAUAAGUUCGGUCUCUGGUACACCAGUAAAGCUUGUCAAGAGGGAUGUCACGGAAGUAACGACAAAUUCUGUGGAACUUCUUUUUCGAUGGCUGUCUAUAAAUCAGCCUGAAAUAACAGUGGCGGUUCCUGAUAUUAUCAGACUCCUUAAAUAUUAUGUAUACUGAAUCCUGAAAUACCAAUAAAUAUUACUGAAAUCAAUUGA